GAAAUUAAAAGUCCGCUCCAAAAAAAGAAAAGAAAUUAACCCGUGUGUCGCAAAUGGCAACACACACACACACGAUUAUAUUUUGGGCCGAAACGGCGGAGCCGAUGUGCAGCAAUAGCAUCUCCAAUUUAAUACAGUUGACAUCUCUAUUUCAGUGUUGGGCAGCGCACGCUUUAAACUCACGUCUCCACCUCCACUUCACCUUCAACAACACAAAUCCUGCAUCUCAAAGCAACCAACCCCAAUUCUGACACCACCUCCAAAACGAUGUCGCACGAAGACGACCAGGAGACCUUCGAGCACACCCUCCUCGUCGUCCGCGAAGUCGCCGUCUACAAGAUCCCUCCCCGCCCCACCAGCGGCGGCUACAAGUGCGGCGAGUGGCUCCAGUCCGACAAGAUCUGGUCCGGCCGCCUCCGCGUCGUCUCCUGUCACACCCGCUGCGAGAUCCGCCUCGAGGACCCCAAUUCCGGCGACCUCUUCGCCGCCUGCUUCGUCAAUCCCGGCCAGCGGGACGCCGCCGUCGAGCCCGUCCUCGACUCCUCGCGCUACUUCGUGCUCAGGAUCGAGGACGGAUGCGGGAAGCACGCCUUCAUAGGGUUGGGCUUCAGUGAGAGGAAUGAGGCGUUUGAUUUCAAUGUGGCGUUAUCGGAUCAUGAGAAGUACGUCAAGAGGGACGGGGAGAAGGAGGCCGGCGCCGGCACCGGCGGCGCCGAGGUUGGGGAUGAGGGUCAAAUUGAUAUACAUCCGGCUGUCAAUCAUAGGCUGAAGGAAGGGGAGACAAUUCGAAUAAAUGUGAAAAAUAAACCAUCAAGUGGAGCAGGCAUGCUUUCGACCGCAGGAUUGUCAAGUGCAGUUGCAAAACCUAAAGCUCUAGGUCUUGCUCCCCCACCUGCUGGUGCAGUUAAAAUUAGGUCGCCUCUGCCUCCUCCACCAAAUGAUCCUGUUGCUGCUAGGUUGAGUGGUGGUCAUGGUAGUGCUCUGAAUGUAGCCCAAGAAAAUUCAAGGCGCUCUAGUGAUGCUCUUUCCGAUCUUUCUCAACUUGAGAAGAGCCUUCCAUCGAGUGGUGGAUCAGGGUCUCCUCAAACCUCUGCAGCUGGCUGGGCAGCAUUUUGAAGAUUUUUGGUGACUUUGUAACAAAAUGAGAGAAAGUAUCGAAACGGGAAAUGGCAAAAUGUGGGGGAGAGAGAGAGAGAUGUCCUAAUAUUUGUUUAAUUAUUCGCAUCCACCAUCUUCAAAUAUAAAAUGUGUAUCUUUAUGUACGUUUUAUUUUAUAAUUUUCACAUUGGAUCUCUACAAUUUACAUUGUACUAUAUGUAAACUGUAAGGAACAAAUCGUGAAGUUUUUCUGCAAAAAGUGUGUUGAGAAAGGAAAAA